AUGAUGGACGACCACAUCAUUGAAGUUGUGAUGGAAGACGGCGUUAUGGACGAAGUCAAUGUGGAAGAACAUGGAGACAUGGAGAACAUGGAAGUCGUGAUGGAAGAUGAAGACAAUGUGGACCACAUCAUUGAAGUUGUGAUGGAAGACGGCGUUAUGGAAGAAGACAAUGUGGAAAUUGUCGACGUGGACAACAUGGAAGUCCAGAUGGACGACGAAGUUUUGCCGGCAGACGUCGAGAUAGUCGAUGUCCUGCCCGGUGAACUCGAGUUCAUGGACAUUUUCGAUGACUUCAACCCUGAAGUUGCUGUUGAACUACCAAGAGUUGACAGGCCAGCCAGCGUUCGACACCCACUUCACUUCACUUUCGUGAAUCAUCUUAUAAUAUAG